GCCAUUGUCAUAUAAUAUGUAAGUAUAUAGAUAUACAAAAUAGAAAAACUUGUGGUAACAAAAAUUAAAGCAGUGCGAGUUUAUAAGGACAAAAUAGCAACAAAAAUGUUCAAAACGAGGUAACUAUCGAAACAAAAAGGUUCGAAAACGGGUUAACCAUAAAAAAAGGGUUCGAAACGGGCUCACCAAUUAUUGUGGUGGACCUUUUCACUCUAUUAGCUUAGUUACCCAAAUUCAAGUAGAAAAUAAAAUACCAAAUGAGUUUAGUUACGGGAAGAAUGUAUUAAAGUUUGAUUACUUGAGUUUACAAAGGUCCACAGUCCACAAUAAACGUAAUAGACUCCAGGUGCUGCGGAAAGACUGCUCCAGUAGUAAUUCUCCAAUGUUAACGUUGCCGGAGGUCGACCAAAGUACGUAGGAAGAAACUACGGUGCUCCUGCAAAAAUCAGAGAUAGAAAGCAGGUGAUUAGGAUUGAUCGACGGCAGUUGAGAUGGUGGAGAAGACGGAGAGUCGAAGGCACAGCUGUAUAUUUAUUCAAAACCCGAGGUAAAGUCAAAGUACAGAGUUUCUGGUUAAAACAAAGUGGUGUACAAUAUGUUCAUUAUUUACAUAGUAGUAAAAUUUGGAUAAGUUGAUUUUUGAGGACUCCACACGUGCUUACAUUGUAUGGAAGCCUUGUAGUCUCUGCUAGAAAAUGGAAUAUGAAGUUGAACUAACACUUCCUAUAAAAUUGAGGGGAAAUUACCCUCUGCGUUACUUUGUGGCGUAAUGGACAAGUAUGCCACUGGUGUUGUUUCAUCAUCUUAUUAGACAUUAUUAUACAUUUAUUUACAUUAAUUAUUUAUUUAACAAGAUUUGGAAGUAUCUAUGAAUGGGCUCAAAGUAGUAGUCUUACCGACAUCAAUGAGUGGUUCAGAUUAUAGGGAUAGAAGGCUCUUGUUGCGCGUUAAAUGAGUAGCACUAAGUUUGUAAAUAAUGUAUACUCACAAAGGAAUGUUAGGAAUCACCUUCAUUUGUCCGGAGUGAUUGAAGCUUUCAGGUCUAUCAUACUCUGAAGGUACUGAACAUUACCAUCAGGCCUCGAUCAUAAUUUGGAUAACCGUAUUUUUCAUUGUGAAAUAAUGGUUGAGUCAUUUAUCGAUGAUUUUACGAAAGUGAGUUUGGAGGAGAAUGAAUCUGAAGGAUGGUCUCGUGUAUGUUCUCGUAAAAUGAGACGUAAAUGCAAAAAUGUACGACCAAUUAGGCAUUCAGUCGUUCAUCGACAGAAUGGAUACAGCUUACAUGAUAAUAUUUCUAAUCUUAUGGAAGAUGAUAACCUGGAGACACUUAUGCAAAGGUUUGUUGGUAUGCGAUCCAACUUUCUACUUUCAAAGUCAAAUAAGUCUUUCUUCGAUUGUUUAUUGCAUUCUAUUAAUCAAGCAUUUUCAAUCAUAUCAGACGAACAGAUUGAACCGGGGAUGGUCGAUGUUCUAUGUUUAGGAUUGGGCAGUCCGGCUGCAGAUCGUGCCAGUUUGCAUCAGUUAGUCGUAUUAGACCUCCUGUUACAGUUUGACUCUCGACUGGAUCGAUCACGUACCUAUUUAUAUGACCCUGUAUUCAAUUCUAUCGUUCGAGAGUUGAUACAAAAGCUUGGUAUGAAUAUCAUACCAGUAAAUAAACAAGGCUGUUACAAGCUAUCUCCUGAUCGAUUUCAUUUCAUUAUACUACCACAUUGCGCUCCAAGUCUUUUGAAUAAUUUAUUGUGUACUAAUUGGUCACCUAGUAUAUUAUCUCGUUUAGUACUAUUCUCUAAUGGAUGGAGAGAAAUUCGUCAAGAAUUGAUUGCUUCAGGUGAAACAAACAGUCAGAUUGCAGAUAAACUAGCCUAUAUUACUGCUCUUGAAACAGUAGUAGUUCAACUCCCCAAUAAACAAUAUAGUUCUUUAGGAUUUUUAAAUAAUAAACUUAAAGAAUACAAAAAUUUUGAAUGUAUGCGUGUACAGUGUUUUCCUUUAAAUGCAAUAAAUUGUUUACCAAAAACUAUAUGGAAUAUACCGCCUUAUGCAGAAGACAAACAAAUAAAUGUGCCUUGUUCAACUUCAUUAGUACAUGAUGAUCGAUUUUCUUUGGAUUUAAUUAGUUCCGAUAUUAUACCAAAUUUUAUUGAUACUCUUGAUAAGAAUGAUAACACAAAUCAGAAAAAUGUUUGUAAAUGAACUUUAACGGCUUGUUUUUUUUCUAAUUUUUUCAAACUAUUUCACUUAAUAAUUAAAAAUUGGGGUGUAAGUAUUAUUAAUGUGCAUUGUGAUCUUGUUUAUACAUUUGGGAAUUUCUUGAUGUUUGACCUUUGUACAUAGUUUUGGUAAUGUGUUAUGUGUAUUGCGAAAAGACUGAUGAAACUUAAUUCGGACUGUGGUGAAAUAUUGUAUUCAGUUGGUUGUUAUCAACUCGCAUUUGUGUGAAUAGAAAUUGUCUUUAAUUAUUUCGGUUGUGAAUAUAUAUUUAAUUCAUGAUUUAUAUGCAGUUAGUGUUUUUGGUACAUGUUCAUAAAAUCGUAGAUAUGCCCUUUUUUCUGUUCUUCCAAUGUAACUGCUCCCGCA